AAAUUUAGUUUGUCUCCACUUAGUAAACAAAAAUCUAAAAGCAGAUAUUUAACUGGCUACCUUAAGGGUAUAUUCCAUUUAAAACAAAGUAUAAAUCAAUGCUUUUCCAAAUUAAAAAUAUCCAUGUCAAGGCAAUUGUCAUUCCUAAUUUACUUUCCAUACUUGAAUUUUCUUAAAGAGAAAUUCAUGUUAACUCAAAGGCAGUCUAGUUGUGUAGUUGAAAUUUUUUCCAGAUGUUUUAAGUGUAUUAUAAUGAAAUCAAUAAUGAUAGAGGGUAAUAAUCAGAGUGAUGAUAGUUUCUGGUUGGAUUUGCUCUACAGGAUACAUUAAGUUAGGAAAAAAAAUGAAGAUACAUUCCAUGGACCAAGGAACAGAGCAUUUGGUGAUUCUGUCUUCAGAUGGAAAACUAUUUGAGUACAACUAUAGCAUAGAACAUGCAAGGUUUCAAAGCAUUUUACGAGAAAAAAAUAUAAUUCAGAUCACAUGUGGAGAUUAUCAUUCUCUUGCACUCUCAAAAGGCGGUGAGCUUUUUGCCUGGGGACAGAACCUGCAUGGCCAGCUUGGACUUGGAAGCACAUUCCCCUCAACCCCCACACCGCAGAUGGUGGACCGCCUCGCUGGAGUCCCCUUGGUUCAGAUUUCUGCAGGAGAAGCCCACAGCAUGGCCUUAUCCAUGUCUGGAAACAUUUACUCAUGGGGAAACAAUGAAUUCGGACAACUAGGCCUGGGCCACACCGAGAAUAAAGAUUCUCCUUCCCUUAUUGAAGCACUAGACAAUCAGAAAGUUGAAUUUCUCACUUGUGGUGGCUUUCAUACUGCCUUGCUCACGAAGGAUGGGCUGGUGUUUACUUUUGGUGCUGGACAAUAUGGGCAGCUUGGUCACGGUUCAACACAGAAUGAGCUAAGACCCCGUUUGGUGACCGAGCUCACUGGGAAAAGAGUGACCCAGAUAGCAUGUGGAAGGUAAGUUGUGAAUAUCAAUGAAAAUUGAUCAGAUGAAUACAGUAAGCUGGGUAGUAAUUCAAUAAA